UUUCUUCAUCGAUUUGUUUGUGGUCGGUCGGUCGCUCGCUGCUCCCUUUCGCUAAUCAAUCAAACAAAACAAAACAUAAUCGCUGCUGUGACGUUGUCUCGCUAUACAAAAACAAAAUACAAAACAUGUCGCAGAUUCAUAUUUUUUGAAAAGUUAAAAUUCUCGUGUAACUGGACUGCCAAUAUAAAAUUAGAUUCAUAAAUUUUUUGUUGCAAGUAUUGCCCUAAGGAAAUUGUUGCAGAACUUUUUAAAUGGACGGGGCUGCGGUAGAGCAUAGUGAUUCGGAUUCAGGAGAGAGUUGGACUCUGCUGGAGAGUAGUCCGGCGUACGCGGAUGAUGCCCCGGAGUUUGCGGAACAUCCUGCCUGUAACGAGGGGUAUGUAGCUGAGAAUACUGAUAAAGAUGAAGAUACUGAUGGAAUAUCAAUCAUUAGUGACAGUGACCCUGAAUCUACAACACCUUGUGAGCUGAGCUAUGACAAAUGUUUGCUUGAAGAAAACCGUCCAACAGAACCUCAAAUAUCAGAAUUUGUUUCGUUGAACCCUCUCCCUACCAAUAACUAUGAUGAUCAUGAAUCUGUAAGGGAUGAUGAGGAUUUUCUUGGAGAUAAUAAUGGCAAACUUAAAACAUAUGUACACAGAAGAAAUAAGAGGCUCAGCACUGUCCUCAACAUCAUUGUACUGGGGAGCGUUAUUACCGCCGCCGGGGUCGCCAUCGGCCACAUGUGGGGUGCCAGAAAUGACUGUUCCAUGAACACCACUCCCUCAGUUAACAAAAUCCUCUCAAACCUCUACAAACUCCAAGAGGAAAACGCAUAUUUGCGCAACAAGAUAAAGGAGCUUACAUUUGUUAAUAACAUGCAAAUGCAACAACGUAAGGCUAACUCUGACAAAACACCAUACAAGCAAAAUAAAUGCAAAAAAGUAUUUGAGGAAUCUUUAACGAACAGGAAUGCAGAAAAGCUUACGAAAUGCGUCGAUAACGAAAUCAACGAAAAGUCACUCGAGAGUCACAUGAUAGAGCACGAAUAUGAAAAGGAAUUACUUGGUGACAUUGAUAAACUAAAAAAUAUAUAUCAACAGAAUAAAAGUUGGCUAGAUGAGGAAAUUGCUAAAAGAUUGAAAAAUGAGGAACAGUAUAUUAAAAAAUUUAAGAAUCAUUUAAAAUCUCCAAAGUCAAUUAGGAUCAAUGAAGAACAGAAAUCUUUAAAAGAUCCAAAUGUGAAGCGGCAAUUACAAUUAGAUUCACCAACUACAGAAAGUAUUAUAAAUGUGACAGAACCUUUGGUUCAGCCAAUGCAAGUAGUUGAAAUUGUGACAGACAGUAUACCUGAAAAGAGGAUCACUUAUGCAGAUUCAUUGAAAUCUGGCCAUAAAGUGGUGAAGAGGGAUAUUGAUGAAUUAAAUAAUGACAACAAGGUCAAAGAGCGUAUCCGGAAGAAAAAGCCUCUGAAAGAAUAUGAUACGAUUUCAGAGGACUCUCUGACUGAUGAUGAACUGAAGAAAGAUGACAGGUAUGUUGCUCACAAGCACAAAGUAGAGAGGAAGAAGAAUGAUCGACAUAAGAUACACAAGAAACAGAAGAGAAGGAAUAAAUAUGAACAAUGGGAAAUGAAGGGAGGCUAUAUGAAGGAUUAUGAUGACUUUUCUGUGCCGUCGUCCCAUGAAAACGAAUAUGUUUUGAAAAAUCCAGAUAAAAAUUUCUUAAGUAGAGACUUUGAACAACACCAUUAUAUUAAUCAAUUCUCCGAGCCAGUUGAUGCUAAAAAACCUUCUGAAGGUGAGGAGAAUGAAAAAGUAAAGACCGAAAAUCGUACCUCCAAGCGUGACAAGAAUAAUAAAGAGAAAGAUUUGAACUGGUAUGACAAGCGAGCUGCACUGAGAACUGAAGCACGGAAGAAGCUGGAACAGGAGUUGUUCGGGGAAACCACACCUAACAAUGCACAGUGGUACUUCCGUCGCAUGCAGAGACGCGAGCAAUGCAGAGUUAAAGGUGACAACAGCACCUAUAAGAGACUUUCCAAACGUAUUAUGAACUACAAGACAAAACAUUAGAAUGUAAAUCAUAAGUUAUUGGAAUGUGUCAUAUUUGGAUUAUUGAAAGAAAUUGUUAAAUGUAGCAACAAUGUUCUUAGGGAUGUAGAAUGAUUGAAGUGAUUCUUAGAGAUGAUGUGAGACAGAUGGUUAAACCGUGUUCACUGCACACAUACAUGUAAUGGAGUUAAGUGUUUUGGAAACAAUAUCAGUGUUAUAGAUAUAAGCUUCAGGUGCUUAGCACUCACAGCUUGACCCUCUAUUUUGUACAAAAUUUAAGUAACUAAGAUCUAACUAUAUAUACUUUUGGAUUUUAUGCUAUUGUAUUUCAUAUUAUUAUUAACUUUUUCAGGCCAAUAGCUAGUCUAAAUAUGCUGCACCUUGAUAACUCGUUCUGGCGAUACCAGCGAGAAUUAUAAGUACUAUGCCAGUGCAGUGUGCUAUUGAUGUUGGUAUUUUGUUUAUCUCUCUACUCUAACUGCCUUGAGAGGUUACAUGAAGUCAGAAGAUGGUUGUUAGAGGCAGGCAUUGAAGUGAUUGAGGGUAAAUCCAAACCACCUUGUAUU